UUGCAUUGUUUUCCUUCGGUGUCAAAAAUUUUCGUUUGCGCUGCUCAGUAUUUUACAUCGAAUUUAAUUGCAGCUAUUUGAGUCCAUCAGAAUUAAAAGUGUGUAAAACCCCUGACAAGCUCAGGAAAUUACCUACAAAAAUAAAAACAAAAAUAUUAGUAAUAGUUCUUGCAAUACAUUGGCCUGCUAGUGAAUUGUCAAAAAACGACAUAACUUAUUGUCACCGCUGUCUAAUAGGAAUCGACUACAUACAAGAAUGGCCUCUACAAUGCAGCUAGAGUUUUCGCAGGCCAUGUCUGAUUUUAAGACGAUGUUUCCAGACAUGGAUCGCGAAGUAAUUGAAGCGGUUUUGCGCGCAAAUCAAGGGGCUGUAGAUGCCACAAUUGAUCAGCUAUUAGCUAUGUCGACGGAUAAUCAAAAUGAAAAGCUGCGUAAUGAAUUGGACGCAAAAACAUCACCACAACGGAGUCUUAUAAAUCUUCAUGGCAUAGAUAAUCAGCCUCCAACAGCACAAUUAAUUGAUACAUCUGACGGAUGUUCUACAAUUGCACCAAGUAGUCAACAAAAUGCAGCAGCUGCUGCUAAUGCUGUGUUAUUGAAUCUCAGCAGCAAUAAUGGUGUAAGCUCAUCACCUAAUCAUAAUACUGGUGCAUCGCCCAAACAGCGACUGGUAAGUGCCAACAACAAAUCAUCUGCAAAUGUCACACCAAAACGUAGUGGUGGUCAUCAUGGUACGCGACGUUGGAAUCCACCUAUGCUCGGCCCACUACCGGCAGGCUUUCUAAGGAUCACACCAAGUGCACAAGAUGGAAUAGUGCGUGAUUUUGACUUGCCAGACGAACAAUUCGCAAUGAUGUUACAAAAUGAGGAAUUUAUGAAUCAGUUACGAUGGAAUCAGGAAUUUAUGAAUGCGUUGGAAAAAGAGCAAUGCGGCAAAGGCAAAGGUGAAGAUGACGCUGCAUUCAAAGAAAGAUUGAAGCAUAUGGGAAAGGUGUCCCGAAAAAAGUUUUUACAAAUGGCACGUGUGUUUACAUGGCAGCGUAACAAAAAAACAACAACAGCCAAGCAAAUAGAUUCACUACCUCUGAAGGAGGAGCCCAGCGACGACGAGGAUCACCAUCAUGUGCAACCUUUACAUGCGAUUGCAAUUAUCUAACGUGAUGCUCAUAAGCUUUCCAUGCCGAUAAUGUAUAUAUAUACAUAUGUAUUUAUAUAUAUCUGUGGUUGUAAAAGACGAACGACAAAUUCCAAAUGUACACAAAGCGUUAAAAUGGUAGAUUUUAUCUUAAGUAAACUAAGUUAUCAAAAAAUGCUUUAAAUAUUUUGUUCUCGAAUGAAUUGCGAACAAUAAUGGUGUGAUCGCAUAGGAACAAAGAGAUGCGUAAUGUAUAUUAGAAGUGCAAUAAAGAGUGCAACUAUAAUUGAAA